AUAAGGAAGUAGCGGGCAAACAAACAACACCGGUACAGGUGGAGGAUAUUUAGGUACAUUUCUCUAAUGUACGCUUUGUAAAUGUGUCAGUGUGAGCACGGAAGAAUAAACAAGAAUGUAAAGUGACACCUCCACCUGCUUAUUUCUUUGUAGCUCGUUGUUUUUGAUCCUUUCUGGUCUGCCUUUGUGCUUCAUAAAGAGGCACAAUGGAGAAAUAUUCACUCCUCAAAGUUAUCGGGGAAGGCUCUUUCGGUCGGGCUGUGUUAGUCCGAUGUAAAAGCAGUCAGGAACAAUAUGUGGUGAAAGAAAUCCAGCUGCCAAAGAAUCAGUCCAAAUUGGAGAACUCAAGGAGAGAAGCCAUCCUGCUGUCCAGAAUGAAACAUGCUCAUAUUGUGGCUUUCAGGGAGGCAUUCGAAGCUGAUGACCUCCUUUGCAUUGUUAUGGAGUACUGCAGUGGAGGAGAUCUGCUACAGAGGAUUCGGCAACAGAAAACUACCCAGUUCGGUGUCGAUAAUAUUUUGAAGUGGUUUGCUCAAAUGUGUGCAGGUGCAAAGCAUAUCCAUGAUAAGCGAGUUUUGCACAGAGAUUUGAAGUCCAAGAACAUUUUCCUGACAGAUAAUGGGACAAUCAAGCUCGGAGACUUUGGCUCAGCGUGUAUUCUGAACAGCUCGAAGGCAUAUGCUCACACAUAUGUUGGGACACCAUAUUAUGUGGCACCAGAAAUUUGGGACAACAAGCCAUAUAACAACAAGAGUGAUGUGUGGGCUUUGGGCUGUGUUCUCUACGAGCUCUGCACCCUGCGACACCCGUUCCAGGCUUCGAGCUGGAAGAGCCUGAUUCUUAAGGUGUGUCGGGGCGCUUACCCUCCCCUCCCCAACCACCUGCCCUACGAGCUGCAGUACCUGGUCAAGCAGAUGUUCAAGACCAACCCAAAGGACCGGCCGUCCCUGCACACCAUCCUGACCUCUCACCGGGUUUCCAGACUCCUACGCACACAUCUGCCCUCCCAAGCCAUAGAGACGGAAGAGCAUGGGAGGCGUAGGGGUCGAUGGAACAUGGAUGAGGGGGAGAAGGUGGCUAAUCUUCUGGGAGAGAAGAGUUUAAUAAAAACAUCAACAUUUGAAGGUGCUGAAUUACCUGCAGGGUGCUGUGAAAGCAGAGAAUCUGGCCCUCGAAAGCAGUGGGCUGUUGGGCCGCCAGACACAGUGAUGCAGGUGUUGGCCAAUGCCAGCCUGAUUUCAUCUGACUGCACGGCAUCAACCGGACAGAACCUUGCCGGUUCCACUCAUGGAAGUGUGUCUGAGCAGCCGGAGGACGGCAGUCAGAGGAGACGAUGGGAGAAGGAUCCUCCCGAGAGGAUUCUGAGUCUGCUGGGAAAGGCACCGCUGAGGAGAUCCUUCAGCACCUUUUUAAUAAAGAGAGGAGAUGAUGAUCCUCUGGUUGGACCACUCUCCCAGCCACAGGGUGACGACACUGACGGUCCCGAGCCGGAAGUGAUCGUAGACGAGUAUCGACUGCAGCCGCGCUCUGAUGAUGAAGACACGGACUUUGAAGAAGAAUCUCCUUGUGACUGGAUGGAUGAAGUUGAGAGAAUGUUUUCGGAACAUUGAGGCUUCAUUCCUUCUGAGCCUACACAGUCACAAGGCUGUCAUUGCUCAUGUUUACAUUUGAUAAAAAACACUAGCUCACUGUGUUAAAAUGAUUUCACUAAAUGUGUAAAAGAUCAUGUUUUGAUCUUGUUUACAAAACUCCAGUUAAGCUCACUCAGCACCAGCGAGGAAGUUUUUAUCAUAAAUGUGUCAAAUUUUGCACUAUUUUUGAGUUUUGACUGCAUUGUAAACUAUUAAUUGCUUCAACAAGACACUAAGAUUUCAAUUGAUUAUUGUUCAGCUUGUUUUCAAUAAAGCUUUUCUUACAUAAA